AUGGAAGUAGCAGACGUACACGAUGGCGGAAGUUUAUUAAUAUCUAUCUAUCUAUCACAGUCUGUUCAUUAUCUAUCUAUCUAUCUAUCUAUCUAUCUAUCACAGUCGCUUCAUAUCUAUCUAUCUAUCUAUCUAUCUAUCUAUCUAUCUAUCACAGUCGCUUCAUAUCUAUCUCAAUAUUCCCAUUAUCCAUCUAUCUAUCUAUCUAUCUAUCUAUCUAUCUCAAUCUUUUCAUUAUCUGUCUAUCUCAUUUUUUAUAUAUAUCUACCUCAAUAUUUUCAUAAUCAAUCUAUCUAUCUAUCUAUCAUCUAUAUAUCUAUCCCACUGAUCAUAUCUAUCUAUCUAUCUAUCAUCAUCUAUAUAUCUAUCUAUUUCACUGUUCGUUAUCUAUCUAUCGAUCUAUCCCACUGUUCAUAUCUAUCUAUCUAUCUAUCUAUUUCACUGUUAAUUAUCUAUCUAUCUAUCUAUCUAUCUAUCUAUCUAUCUAUCUAUCUAUCCCACUGUUCAUAUCUAUCUAUCUAUCUAUCUAUCUAUCUAUCUAUCUAUCUAUCUAUCUAUUUCACUGUUAAUUAUCUAUCUAUAUAUCUGUCUAUUCCACUGUUCAUAUCUAUCUAUCUAUCUAUUCCACUGUUAAUUAUCUAUCUAUUUAACUGUUCAUUAUCUAUCUAUCUACCCGACUGUUCAUAUCUAUCUAUCUAUCUAUCUAUCUAUCUAUCUAUCUAUCUAUUUCACUGUUCAUUAUCUAUCUAUCUAUUUAUCUAUCUAUCUAUUCACUGUUCAUUUUCUAUCUAUCUAUCUAUCUAUCUAUCUAUCUAUCCCACUUUCAUUAUCUAUCUAUCUAUCUAUCUAUCUAUCACACUGUUCAUAUCUAUCUAUCUAUCUAUUUCACUGUUAAUUAUCUAUCUAUCUAUCUAUCCCACUGUUCAUAUCUAUCAAUCUAUCUAUUCCACUGUUAAUUAUCUAUCUAUCUAUCUAUCUAUCUAUCUAUCUAUUAAUCCCACUGUUCAUAUCUAUCUAUCUAUUUCACUGUUCAUUAUCUAUCUAUCUAUUUCACUGUUCAUAUCUAUCUAUCUAUCUAUCUAUCUAUUUCACUGUUCAUUAUCUAUUUAUCUAUCCCACUUUUCAUAUCUAUCUAUCUAUCUAUCUAUCUAUCUAUCUAUCUAUCCCACUGUUCAUUAUCUAUCUAUCUAUUUAUCUAUCUAUUUCACUUUCAUUAUCUAUCUAUCUAUCCCACUGUUCAUAUCUAUCUAUCUAUCUAUCUAUCUAUCUAUCUAUCUAUCUAUCUAUCUCACUGUUAAUUAUCUAUCUAUCUAUCUAUCUAUCUAUCUAUCUAUUUCACAGUUCAUUAUCUAUCUAUCUAUAUAUCUAUCUAUCUAUCCCACUGUUCAUAUCUAUCUAUCUAUCUAUCUAUCUAUUCCACUGUUAAUUAUCUAUCUAUCUAUCUACCCCACUGUUCAUAUCUAUCUAUCUAUCUAUUCCACUGUUAAUUACCUAUCUAUCUAUCUACCCCACUGUUCAUAUCUAUCUAUCUAUCUAUCUAUCUAUCUAUCUAUCUAUCUAUUCCACUGUUAA